CUCUCUAUAUAUAAAGCGCCGACUUCCCUCCGCCGACGCAGCCAUGGCUAGCUUGGUCGAUGCGUUGUCUAUGUUCGGGCUGGAAGACGAACUGACUUGCUCCAUCUGCCUAUGUGUUUUUCAGACGCCGGUCACUACGCCCUGCGGCCAUAAUUUUUGCCUGCCUUGCCUGGAGAUGACCUGGAUGGACACGGAGGAAAACUUCAGCUGCCCCCAGUGCAGGGCUUCUUUCGAAAUUCGUCCUGACUUGAAGAAAAACACGGUGCUUUGCAAGGUGGUGGAGCAAUUUCAGGUCAGCCAAGAUGGCCCCUCCAAAGGGACACGCGAGGAGAAGCAGGAGAAGGUGGACAGCAGCGCGGCCAAGCCGAGGGCGCCCUCUCCAGUGCCCUGCGACAGCUGCUUGGUGGUCGAGGCAGCCAAGACCUGCCUCACCUGCAUGGCUUCCUUUUGCCAGGAACACCUGAGGCCCCACCUGGAGAGCCCAGCGUUUAAGACCCACCAGUUGUCUCCACCUGUGAAGGAACUUCAGCAGAAGAAGUGUCAGACCCAUAACAAGCUCCUGGAGGUCUUCUGCCAGGACCACAGAGUCUCCAUCUGCUGUUUUUGCCUGGUUUCUCACAAGACCUGCUCAACUAGCCUGUUACAAGAGGCCAAGGAAACAAAGAAGUUACAGCUGAAGAAGAGAUUAGCAGAACUCUGUGCCCUCAGUGACAAGACUGCUAAGUCCUUGGAACAAGUACGAGCUCAACAAAAGCAACUCAGCAAUACCACUAGUCGGAAGCUGGAAUUGCUGAAAUCAGAAUUCCUAGAAAUAGUAGCCUUAAUUCAUGAAGAAGAAAAGGAUUCUUGGAAGACAAUCAAAGCAGAAGAAAAAAGAGUCCUCGAUAAAUUUGAAUACGUCCAUACAGUCCUGGGUAAGAAGAAGAAUGAAAUCCAGAAGGAGAGAGAUGAAAUUGAAAUGACCUUGACGGAGAUGGAUGACAUCACAUUUUUAAAGAGAGCAACAAAACUGCGGGAGGUAUCCUUCACUGAUGUGUUUGUUCCCAGAAUAGAGUUGGAUCAAAACCUGCUAGGCACUGUUUAUCAGAAAGCCUUUAACCUCAAAGAACUUACAAAACGAUUUUUGGGUGUACCUCUGGAACAGAAAAAAAAAGAAGGGCCCAAAUCAGAAGCUCCUACACCACAACCAAAAGAAUAUAGAUCUAGUAAUGUUGGCAUUUUUGUAGUACCAUUGAAGAUGCCCAUGGUAGAAGAGGCAUGCCCAGCAGCUGUAGGAAAAACUAGGGACGGUGCAUAUGCCACUGGUGUAACUAACGAGCAGAGAAAUCAUCUUGGCAAACGCGUGCAAAGUCCCAGAAGGAGAGAUCAAAGCUCCAACAGAGCUGAGACAAAGAGUGAAACAACAAUUCUUGAUACUUUUUUAACAAAAUCAAGAGAGGAGCUUCUGGAAUUUGCUACACAAUUUACUCUGGAUCUCCACACUGCUCAUAAGAAUAUCAUCUUAUUGGAGAAAAAGACCAAGAUGUCUGUCACGGAAACAGUGCAGGAUUACGAACCGCACCCUCGGCGCUUUUUAAACUACUUCCAAGUGCUUUCCUUCCAGUGUUACAAGAAGGGAAUCCAUUACUGGGAAGUUGAUUUGGAGAACAACAACUUCUGUGCUGUCGGCAUCUGCUAUGGGAGCAUUCCAAGACGGGGGCCGAAAAGCCGCCUAGGACGCAAUAAUAGCUCCUGGUGCAUCGAAAAGGUCAACAAUAAGAUCUCAGCUUGGCACAAUGAUAAAGACACAUCUCUGCCCAGCAACAAAGCAACGAAGAUUGGCGUCCUUCUAAAUUAUGAUGGGGGUUUUGUCAUUUUCUUUGGUGUCAGUGAGAAAAAAACCAUCAUGCUCUAUAAAUUCAAAGCAGAAUUCACAGAAGCUGUCUAUUCUGCAUUCUGGGUAUUUUCUAGUGGAACCACCAUUUCACUCUGCCAGCUGAAGUCGUAAUAAGCUGUGCACAGAAUGGCCUCCUCCUGAAGACCUGCACCCACACGCUAUGAUGUUGCCUUUCUACAGGCUUUCCUGUGGAAUGAAGUCUUGAAUGAAUAUUUUGAUUUUAAGCUCUGUUUGCUUUUUGGAAAAUUCUGGGGUUAUUCGAUCAAUAUUUUAGUCCACUAACAGAGGUCCUUGGCAAACCCAUUAGGAAACUUGCCUAGAGGGAUCUUAGUGGACUGCACCCAUCAGGUUUAUUGUUUGCCUCAUAACUCUGCAGUCUAAUGGGAAGGUACUUCCUUCAUUUUGUCUCAUGCUCUACUAUAGAAUAAGAAAUGCAGAAAA